CACCUAUAGCUCAGCAAAAUAAAAUUGUAAAGUUUUAGUUUUUUUUUUUUAAUAUUUUUCGAAUCAGUACACAGUUUUUUUCAUAUACAAAAUAUUUCACAGUCCUCCGUUUUUUGUGUCGGAUUUUUGUUUCGUAAACUUUGUUUUGUAAUAAUGUCUGAAACCGAAAAUUCAUCGAUGUCAUCGGAAAGCGAGGCCCGUGACUCGGCUCUCCCAGCUUCGAAUGGGAUGCGAUCGGCUGCCGCUAUUCGAAAUUACAUGGGUGGAUGCAAACAGCGGUUUGGGCCCGCACACAAGAGAAAAGCUGUGCUGAAUCUGGCAGCGCAGCGGUUGCGCCGGAUGUCUCCAGAGCACGUAGCCCGGUCCCGUGAGCCAACGUCUAUGUUCUUGCCUAUAGAAGCGCUUAGUGACUGUGACCUGGAGCCCUCGUAUGACGGUGGAUGUGGCGUGAAGCCGAAGAGACGUAUAAGCUCUAAGCGCAAGCCCAAAGGUUCAUGUGGCAAUAGCCACAGCAAGCGCCCGAAGUCCUCAAGUGUUAAACGCAGGCGCCGGAUGUCUGCGCCUUCUAAGAAGUCCAAGCGCGAUGCCAAGCAUGGCUGCGGCAAGAAGCCCAAGAAAGCCAGGAAACCCAAGAGGUCCGUUUGCUAGACAAAGACCGCAUAAAAAAGAAAAUGAACGAAGAAUGAAAAAAGAAAAUGAAAAAAGAAAAGAAUUAUAAGAAACGAAACAAAAUCAUCGCGCGAAAGAUAAAACAGAGCUUGGAAUGCCCCAACCCCAGCCACCUACGAGCAACCCAUCCUCAGCGCCUGCGGGUUAUGAUUCCAGGUGCCCAUAUAUCCAUCGAGGGAUAACGAGGAGUCGCUAGAGAGCAUCGUGCAGCAGCAGCAUGCAUUUGACUUCCAUUCCGAUCCGGAGGCCGCGCAUGCCGUGCUGCUCGGAACACACUGUCCGAUCACCAUUAUACCUUCGGAGCCCUGUCUUCAAGAGCGUGUAAACAUGCCCAUUUUUUCCCGUAGCAUUGUCGCCUGGAGGCCGUCGUCCAGCAUACGGCCAUCACUCUGCUCUCUCGAUCGAAGAGUAUUCCUGCAAUGCUAUUGUGGUUGCAGCUUGUAUCUUCCACAUUCGGCUGGUGCUGCUACGUGCACGAUCAUGUGCGGGAGUGGGAAAAGUAUCCGGAAAAUGUGCGGAUCAUCGAGCUGGUAGAGGCCGACUUCCUCAAACGAAAUGUCGAUUGGGUGGCGGUGUUAGAUGGUGGGGACAUUUCCGAUAAAA